UACACAUUCACACCAGCAUUUAUUGCUUAUAACAAUAUGCGAAGAACUCCUUUAGAAGUCUCAGCGGACACAUAGCUGGAGUGUGAGAGCAGAGUGUGCACUAUAUCUGGACACACACAGCAAAAGCUCCUCACUUAGUUUACAAACCCUUCUCUGAAGCUUUCUUCAAUAUCUAACAUAGAUCGUCCUGCAAAAAUGGCCAACAGAAAAUGUGGCAUUCCUCUGAGCACAAUCAGUCCAAAAUUUCUUCACGCUAAUUCCACAAGCCACACCUGGCCAUUCAGCGCUAUAGCUGAGCUGAUUGAUAAUGCUUAUGACCCAGAUGUUCGUGCCAGACAGAUCUGGAUAGACUGGACACGUAUCAGAGGACUAGACUGCCUCUCUUUUAUGGAUAAUGGAGAGGGUUUGACCAGAGCCAGACUGCAUAAGAUGCUCAGCUUUGGUUUCAGUGAGAAGAAAGCAGUGAAAUUUCACAUUCCAGUCGGUGUUUACGGCAAUGGGUUUAAAUCAGGGUCCAUGCGUCUGGGAAAAGAUGCCAUUGUUUUCACGAAGACCAGAGACACCAUGAGUGUGGGACUCCUGUCCCAGUCUUACCUCGAGGCCAUCGGAGCUCAGCGAGUUUUGGUGCCCAUGAUCACGUUUCGACGUGAUGGACAUAACUACAUGGAGGAUGUAGCCAGUCUGAGAGCGAUCCUCACACACUCUCUCUUCAGCUCAGAGAGAGAGCUGUUCGCAGAGCUCCGCGCCAUCAGCGCUGCUGGACAGACAGGAACACGCAUCAUCAUCUGGAAUCUUCGCACGACCACAAAUGGCGACACUGAAUUUGACUUUGACACCGAUAAAUAUGACAUUCUGAUCAGGGCGACCAUCAGCGAGAGGAGCAACAGUGGUCUCGUCAUGACUCCAGAAAGUGAAUACUCAUUACGGGCAUACUGUAGCAUCUUAUACCUGAAGCCUAGCAUGCAAAUCAUUAUUCGAGGGCAAAGAGUGAAGAGCCAGCUGAUAUCCAAGAGUCUGGCUCAUAUUGCGCAGGACAACUACAGGCCGUCAUUCCUUAACAAGCGUAUACGCAUCACUUUCGGAUACAACACCAAAAGCAAAGAGCAUUAUGGGAUUAUGAUGUACCAUAAGAACAGGCUAAUAAAGCCUUACGUGAAAGUGAGCUGCCAAUGUAAGGCCGAAAGAAAAGGUGUGGGCGUUAUUGGUGUUAUAGAGUGCAAUUUCCUUCAGCCCACUCACAACAAACAAGACUUUGAUGACACCGAUAAAUACAGGAAGAUCAUGCACAACCUCAGCAUAAAGCUGGAGGAGUAUUGGAACGAAAUCCGCUACAAACGAAAGAAAGAGGAUCCAAAUUGCACAGUUGCAAUAGAGGAUGUGUUGAAAGUUCCAGAUCAAGUCUGGGUGCAGUGUGACAGCUGCCUGAAGUGGAGGAGACUUCCAGAUGGCAUCACUGAGCUGCCAGAUAAAUGGUUCUGCAGCAUGAACUACGACCCACAGUUCAGGAACUGCUUGGUUGAGGAAGAACUAGAGGAUGAGGAGGAAGAUCAGAAGUCGUACCCUAAACCCUUUAAACGCCAGAGGAGAAAUACAAAGAGUGAGUUUGAGGAGAAUGUUCCAGGGAGCACACAGACUCAAGACAGACCAGGGUUGUUAUCAAGCAAUCAGGCACCCAGACAUCCACCAGCCUCUGUUUUGUCUGGACUGUCUUUAGCUGAGAGGUCCCCUUUGCCCCUCAUUAACCUGACCGCUGUCGCCAGCUCUCUGAGAAGAGCAAAACAGACGUUUUUUACCAUAGAACAACAGACACCAUCCUCUCUUGUCCCCCCUCUCACCGCACCACAAGAGCUCUCCUCACAGACUCACUACUGGCCUGCUUUGAAUAAGGAGAGAAAGAUUCUCGCUCAAUCUGAAUCUGACACACUCGUGAACAAAGCUGAGAGCGAAAUGAUGGAGGGAUUUGAGUCGCAUCAGGGGCCCGCUGCUGCAGAAGAGACAUGUGAAAGAGAUGCGUCAUCUGGGACAGGGAGGGGAUACAGCCCAGCUGUGGAAGAGAUAACUGAAUUGCCCUUGAAAAAUGAGAAGGAAGGAGAAGAGCAUCAUGAAGGUCAUGUUGAUGAUGAAGAAGAGGAGGAGGAAGAGGAAUGGAACUUGAUAGAGGUGCAACAGUGGCAGGAUGAGCUAAUGGAGCUGAUGCAUGAGACAGCGGAGGAGAGAGACCUGUGCCGACAGGAACUGGAAGUGCUUAGAGAGCACAGCGCCGCCCUGGAGGACGAAAGGAACAAGCUCAUCAGCAGGCUGGAGAGGGUAGAGGAGGAGAAGACCAGCCUUUCUGCCCUGUGUGAUCAGCUGAAGAGUCAACUGUCGGAGCUCAGGGAACAGAGCCAGAGAGGAAAGGAAGAGAAAGACGACAGCUCCAAACUGAGGACACUGCGUCUAAAUCUGAGCCGUCUGCUGGUGUCUUUCAUUCCUUCUCUUCAUCUUGAGCAUGUGGACUACAACAGUGAUAUCAUAGAUACGAUCCUCAUCCAGGUUCUAGAACACAUCACAUGAAAGAGUCUCUCUGAUUUUCAGAAUGUCAGGUUUGAUUCUUAUUGAAAAUGGAAAUCACUAAUUUGUACAGUAUAUACACCUAGAAUUUCUUGUGUUGGUAUGAAAUUUGAUUAUAUUGUUGUAACUGGGUGAAAUUUCACAUAUACUUCAUGUACUACAUAUACUGUCAUAUAUUUAAAUGUAUGAGAUACAUUUAUAUCAAAGUACAGGAGGAGACUAUGGAAGCCCAUUUGUGCCAAAUAAGAAAAAAAUAAUCAUAUUUUGUAAAUCUUAUGACAAAAAAGUCAAAAUUAUGACAUAAAAAGUUGAUAUUAUGACAUUAAAUGUUACAAUUAUGAAACAAAUUCAAAAUUAUGACAUACUAGUUUAUAAUUGUGGUAAAAAGUUGAAAUUAUGACAAAACGUCAAUUGACAGUCAUCAUUUCUGCUUUUUAUCUCAUCAUUUUGACUUAGUAAUGACAUUUUUCUUUUCUUAUGUGGCGUAAAUGGGCUUCUAGAUCACUAGAAGACAGAAGAAAAUUGUUCAGGAGAAAUCAAAAGGACAGCUUUGCCUGUUUUUUUUACUAGCAUUUGCUGGGCUAACCUGAAAAAGCUAGUUAAUCCAAAUGCAAAGGAGUUUAUCAGUGUGAUUUAAGCUAAAGAAACCACAUUUUUGAAAUGUUUUGGACAUUUCUGUCUUUCUUCAAUCAAGUACAUAGGAGCUGGACUUGCAUGCCUAGAAAAUGGCGCAAUCAAGAUGGCCGCCGAGUGAAGCGACCUGCUUUAAUAAAGACUUAAUAUGCUCACAUUCAGGUACUAGAUGUUAAUUUCUCAUAAAUUUAAUUACCUGUUUUCACUAUGGCCUCAAUAUGUUUUCUUGCUCCUUACACACACACCUUUUAUUCCUAUCUUAUUUCUGACCUCAACACAUCCUCCUCUACCUCUUAAACUGUCACUCUCACUAUUAAUCAAAUCUACUUUUAAAGACAUCCUCUAAUAAAUUCAUAAUAAGGGCACUUGGUGAACUCAGCAGUGACAUAUCGUCUUGCAUCCAUUUGUGCUGAAAAUAAAACCUAUAGAUGUGACCUAAUCAUUAAAAGGUCUAUUUUAUUUUUGCCAUCACAGUCAGUUCUUCUGCCAGGGAGAGACUGACUUAAAACAAAAAUGAAUACCGCAGUGAAUGAAAGGUUUUCUCAAUCAGUCCAAUUUGUUUCGGGCCAACGCCCAACACCCAGCACUUCUCAGGGUACACUACUGUUCAAAAGUUUGGGGUCAGUAUUUUUUUAAUUUUUUUUAAA